ACUGAAGCGCAACCCGGAACCUUUUGAGUGUAACUCCCCACAUCAACACCGCUCGUUUGGACAGUGGAGCUGUGGAGCGGUGUGAUAUUUUGGACAUGUUUUUUAAUUGAAUGUGUUGUAGAUAUUGAAAGUCAGGGUUAGACGUAGACAUACAGAAUGUCCGUGGUGGGGAAAAAGGGAAGCGCGAUAUUCUCUGGAUUUCGAGCACUCGGGCUUUACUCUAACCAUCUUCCACACGUGGUCCGUUUCCACAAGAAACACCGGGAGUUUUAUGUGGUGACAGCUGUUGGCCAGUGUUUCCACACCUACAAUGUGAAGAAACUUGGAAUUGUCGCUGUCAGUAAUGCCCUUCCUGAAGACAUCGCCUAUCUCGCUGCUGACCGAAUGCUCGUGUACGCUGCACAUGGCAAAGUCAUUUCAGCUUUUGCAAAGAACACUGAGGUUGUUCACACUUAUGAAGGCCACCAAGCUGAUGUCCACCUACUGCUUCCAUUUGGAGACCAUUUGAUAUCCGUGGACAAGGAAAAUGCCGUCAUUAUCUGGGAUGUGGAGUCAGAAGAUGUAUACUUGCAGAUUUCAUUUGACAAAUCCACUUUUGAAGUUCGAGCUGUUAUGCACCCGAGCACCUACCUGAAUAAAAUCCUGUUUGGAAGCAGUCAAGGGAGUCUUCAGUUAUGGAACGUCAAAUCAAACAAACUUUUGUUCACUUUUCCCGGUUGGGGAUCGGCUGUGACCGUUCUUCAGCAGACUCCAGCAGUGGAUGUGGUUGGUGUGGGCUUGGCUUCAGGACAGAUCAUCAUCCACAACAUCAAAUUUAACGAAACUCUGAUGAAGUUUCAGCAAGAUUGGGGUCCAAUCACCGCCUUGUCCUUUAGAACAGAUGGGCAUUCAGUGAUGGCUGCUGGGAGCCCUGUUGGACACAUAGGAUUAUGGGAUUUGGAAGAGAAGAAGCUGAUUGGUCAGAUGAGAGACGCACACACCACGGCGAUAGCUGGCCUCAGCUUCCUGCACGGUGAACCCCUGCUCCUCACUAACGGAGCUGAUAACGCCAUCCGGGUUUGGAUUUUUGACGUAGCAGGAGGCGAAGGACGUCUGCUGAGAUUUCGGAUGGGUCACAGUGCCCCGCCCACCAAGAUCAAACACUACGACCAGAGCGGACAACACAUCCUCAGUGCCAGCCAAGAUGGCUCAUUGCAGUCUUUUUCUACCGUUCAUGAAAGGUUCAACAAGAGUCUGGGGCAUGGGUCUUUUACCAAAAAGAAAGCCAAAAAGAAGGGGGUGAUGUACAACACGGCGAAACUUCCACCCAUCACCACUUUUGCAUCAGAAACAGCACGUCAGGGUGACUGGGACGGCAUCGUGGCUUGCCACCAGGGUUUUGUCCUGACCACAACUUGGAAUUAUCGGAAAGGCUCUAUGGGGGCUCACAGGCUGGAACCGGAGCAUUUCAACAAGAACCGCGCUCUCAACAUUCAUGCCACGGCUGUAGAUGUCACUUCCUGUGGGAACUUUGCUGUGAUUGCGCUGUCUUCAGGACACAUAGACGUCUAUAACAUGCAGUCGGGGCUCCACAGAGGACAGUAUGGACAAGACCGAGCGCAUUCGGGGCCAGUUAGAGGUGUCUCAGUCGAUGCGCUGAACCAGCUGAUGGUCAGCGCCGGAGCCGAUUGUCUGCUGAAGGUGUGGAAGUUCAAAUCGAAAGAACUGUUAAACACACACACACUGCAAGCAGCGCCUGCUUCCACACUCUUACACAGAGACAGUGGGAUGCUUGCCAUUGCUCUUGAUGACUUCACGAUCAGUAUCUUCGACAUGGAGAUGAAGCGGAUUGUACGUCACUUCUCUGGCCAGCGUGGGCAGGUUAAUGAUGUGACUUUCAGCCCGGAUGGACGAUGGUUGAUAACAGCCUCCAUGGACUGUACCAUCAGGACGUGGGACCUUCCAUCUGGCAGUUUGGUCGACUGUUUCCUGGUAGACACGGCAGCCGUGAGCGUCAGCUUCUCUCCUACGGGGAACGUCCUCGCCUCUGCCCAUGUGGACAGUCUGGGUAUUUACCUGUGGUCCAACACCACACUGUGUAGUUUGGUGUCAUUGCGCCCUCUACCUGCAGACUAUGAACCUACAGUGGUCAUGUUGCCUGGCACCUGCCCAAGCAAAGAUGACGAAGAGGAGGUCUUGGAACCAGAGAGCUCGGAAAUGGACGAGUACGUGUCUCCUGCACAGCUGGAUGAACAGCUUGUCACUCUCUCUUUGCUGCCGGAUUCACGCUGGAAGAAUCUUCUCAAUCUGGACAUUAUUAAGAAAAGAAACAAGCCAAAAGAACCCCCUAAAGUGCCCAAAGCAGCCCCCUUUUUCAUCCCCACUGUUCCUGGACUCGUACCUCAGUUCGCACUUCCUGAUACGUCAUCGGAAGAACAGUCCAAGGUGUUCAACAUUGGAGUUCUGGCCCAAAAGUCUAAUUUCUACCUCCAGCUUGAAGAAGCACUAGACAGCAAUCUCUAUGAGGCAGCGGUGAGGUACCUGAAGGAGUUGGGCCCUUCUGCUAUUGACACAGAGCUGCGAGGCUUGGCACCGGAUAUGGGUGGACAUGUUAGUGUCAUGCAGAGCUUCCUCAGGAUGAUCAGCAGCAUGCUAAGGCUGAAGCAAGACUUCGACCUGGCGCAGGCCUAUCUAGCCCUCUUCCUUAAGCUUCACCUGCGGUUAAUUGCAGAGCAGCCUGUCCUCAUGCAGGAGACGGAGAAAGUGCUCGACCUGUUAGAAGGGACAUGGACCACCAUACAGACGCUUCUCAACAAGAACAUGUGUCUCCUGUCCUACAUCAAGAGUGCGCUGCUGUAGAGACCUGCUUCCUCCACUGCCUUCGAAUAGAUUGUUUUUUGUUUUGUUUUGUUUUUUUUAAAGUGCUAAUAAUAAUAUUACUUGCAAUUGUUGUUGUAUUACACUUGCCUUGUAUGACUACAACUGCUGAAAUACAUUGUAU